AUGAUUGACACAUGCACUCCCGAACCAUAUUAUUGGUUACGAAAAGAAGAUCGUCAUGCAUUAUCAUUAGAAUUCAAAAUGUACAUUUAUCAACAAUUGUUUUUAAAAGAUGGAGAGGUAACUGAUAGGGACGAGGAAGUUGUGAAAUCCAUAUUUCAAAUGCUUCUUCAAUUACCAGAUGACUAUUAUAGAGCACACUUGAAUUAUUCACGCCGUCUGCCAUUACAAGGAAUAUUUCAAGACUCACUGAACGCCAGAUUUUAUCACAAUACCGCUCUCACAAAAGAUCAAGCAUUUGGAAAGAUUGUGCGACAAGUAUGGACACGGAUAGAGUUUUUAUUGGAUGCAGUUCGAUACAAUUAUGUAGAGGAGCUACGGUUUAACAGAACACCAUUAAGCCAAGAUGCAAACUUUAUUUUGGAAUGUGUGAAAUUAUCACCAUCAGUUUUUCGUGAUCCGUGCAUUGCUUUGGACCCUAGGAAAAUGAAUUAUGAAAAUAUAUCAGAGCAUGUAAAGCGUUGGGGUAUAAUUACGACUGAUUUCAUGGAUGGUGUAUUCAAAUUUUUUGGUCGAGACUUUUUCAACAACAAGUUUAAACGUGAAGUUUUAAUGUUGCUUCGUACUUGGAACCAUCAGAGAUUGGAAUUUGAAUAUUUAGGAUGUCACAUUCCUGCUUCUCGAUUGUUGAAAGCACCAAUCAAAUUAUUGGAGCUGGAAUGUGAUGAAGAUGUAUCAUAUCCUGUCAAAUCUAGGCUUGAUGCUUACACCAAGUGGAAGAAAUAUUUAUUCGGAAAUGCAAGCUGGAAAAUUUUUGUAAAUCCUGACAGUUAUGAAUCCAGUGACGACGAGGCUGGCUACUAUGAUGACGACGCCUUUUGUCAUGAUGAGUAUGACGAUGACGACAUUGGUCUCGAUGAUUAUGACGAAGAAGACGAUAACUUUUCCGAAGAAUCGACAAUGUUAAAAUGUAAAGAUACAGACACAACAAUUAUUUUUUUAAAAAAAAAUUGA